UUUACACAUGUCCAGAGCUACUACCAAUUAACUCAAUUAUUAAUUAAAUACAUGAGAUUGAUUGAUUAAUGUAUAAUCAGCUUAUUGCAUUUGAGCAUUUUUAAUGUAGAAAGUAAAACUUGAUUUACUCAAUUGAAAAGAAACUUUUUAUUCAAAAUUACUAAAUUACUACAAUAGUAAGAGUGGAUGUUGUCUAAUAUUGCAUAAGAAUUGUGCAAUGUUGUCAUGAAAUGUAAUAGGAAUUUUAAGAAAUGGCAAACAUGAACAUGGAAUUUGAAGACAAUCUUCAAGAAAAAAGAUAUUUUAUUACCAAGUGUCAAAACAGUCAAUCGUUACAAAGAUGUAUGGACAGUGGACAGUGGGCUUGUCGAGAUAGAUUAGCCCCACCUCAUCCUCGUGAGUUCAUUGGGCAAGCAUUCAAUGGGGGAAAAGUGAUUCUGAUAUUUAGUGUUAGUGGCUGUCAUGGUUUCCAUGGAUACUGUCAAAUAACAACUGCACCAUCACUUGAUAAUUGCAAAAUUGAUGAGGAAAGUGGACAAUCAAAAGAUUUAACAAACUCAAAUUGGUAUCAAUUCAGUGUGUCAUGGCCAGAUUCUAUUGUAACUUUCAAGUGUCAAAAGUUCUUAUCAUUUGAAGAAACAAAGGAAUUUGUAUCUUGUGAUGGGACAUUAGUAAAUAAUGCUAGAAAUUGGCAAGAAAUUCCUGGAAAUAUUGGAGAAGACAUGUGUAACUUAAUCGAUGAAAAAGUGGUGGAGAUGAAAACGUCAUUGGAAUAUAAAAAUCAGAAAAUGGAUAAUUGUACUUCUAACCCAUUUCUUGAUUCAAAAAUAUUGACUGAAAAUUCUGUUGAAUUCUAUUGGAAAUCAUUUGUAAAGAAAGUAGAAGAAGAAUUAGGAAAAGUUCAUCUGGCAUGUCCUUUCGGAAGUCAAAGAUAUAAUUUAUCAACACCAGAAAGUGAUAUAGAUGUAUUUAUAGUUUAUCAAGCUAAAACUGAAGAUAUUCUAGGAUUUAAUCCACCCAAACAGACUAUUAAGAAUCAUGAGAAAGAAUUAUGUGAUUAUACAGUCCUAGAGAUAUUUCGGUAUACAGAAUUAUUAUUAUCAGGAGAUGCCAGAUGUGUAGAGACAUUAUUUCUUCAUGAAUCAUCUAUUAUUUAUGCUUCUCCAGAAUGGAGAGAGUUUCAAUGUCUUGAUAAAUAUCUAAGAGAUGCUCAAGGGUCUAAUGGUGUAAAACAGUUAGUGAAAUGGAAGACAAACCAUGAAAAUAUAGAAAAUAUACCAACCAAAAUUAACAAAUUAUGUUAUGUUAUAGUUAGACUUCUACAAAAUGCUAGUGAUGUAGUAAAUGGUAAGGAAAUUAAAGUGUUUAGAACAGAAGAGAGUGAAGAGAAACAAUUUUUGAUGAAAAUCAGACGCAAUGAAUUAACUUAUUCUGAAAUAUGGUCAGAAAUAACCAGAUUACAAGAUGAAAUUGAAAAAAAGAAGAAUGAAAUUAACGAUGAUAAAAUUAGUUUACAAACAUUUCUAGAAAGUUGGCUAUUGUGUCAACGUAAAUCAAACCUAUUAGACAAUACAUGAAUCAAUGAAGCAAUUAAUUAUAAUAAAUAAAAUAAAUUAUUAAUUGAUUUUAUUCAAAUAUAUGCUAAUGUUACUUCCCUAAACAUAAUUAUGACAUAUUUGAAUGAUGAAAUGAAUUUCUAAUUAAAGAUGCUAAACUGCAUUAUUUAUGAUUUG